AUGCAGUCCUCGGUCCUAUCCCCGCCAGGUUGGUUCCAUUCAGCCGAGCCCAUGACCAUUAGCAAGGCCGUGGCUAUUAACGAGGUCGCCUCUCGGGCUGGCGUCACCAACGUCGUCCUCAACUUCACAGAGUUCGACUUCGCCAAGGCUUUCCACUUCGUCAAGGGGAAGCUUAGCCCGGAGUUUGUGAGAGACUUCUGGCUGGUAUCGGUGGCGGACGCGUCUAGAGGUUGUUACAUCAACUACCGCAAGGUGUCUAUUUGUUGGUUCUCUAUUAAAUUUCUCGACGUGCUGUGGUGCCUGCUUUACAGUAGGACUGCGGGGCCUUCUCCCUGGUACCAUCUACUUGACGGACUCAACGUGACCAAGCCUAACGGUACCGCCGACGGCACGAUCGAUCUUGUCACUCUCAAUCGCAACAUUUACGACAAGCCCCAGGAUGCGGAGGAUAUUCUGCACGGGGAACUCGAUGAGUUCUUCCCCAUGAAAAUCGCGAUGCCAGAGAACAUCACUCUGACCCCGUCCACGGGGAAUUCCAAGCGUCCAGCGGCAGACGAUCUUGACCGACCACGAAUUAGGAUCAAGCGUUCGUCCUCGCAGGAACGACAGUUAUGGCGUGGACUUAGCUUAAAUUAG